UGUUAUGCAAGGGACCAGCAGUUCCAGCCCAAGUGCUCUCUGAGAAUACAAGUAUCCUUCUACUUCAAAGACUUUGUACAUUGCAUUUCACCUUCGGCCCUUUGUCAGGAAGAGCACUUGCUUAUACAGAGACACAAGAACAUCAACUGUUUGGAGAAGAUUUUGGUUCCAUUGCUUGUUGUACUUGGAUCCAUCUAAAGGGUUUUUAAUAGCUGUCCAAAAACACAUUUCCGAUUGCUUGAGUCUUGCUGUGCACAUUCAGAUGUAAGAGCAAAAGAAAACAGUUACAAACAAGCCAUUGGAAAGACAGAAUAUUAAUCUUGUUGAAGGAGUCAGUGACCUGUAAACCCCUCAUUAUGAAGCUAAGUCUGGUAUUUGUGUUGACUCUAAUUAGUCUGAUGUUGCUGGGAUCUGGAUAUUCUCAGCAAAUUGCAGAGGAUUCUUGUUCUGUUCAAAUACUUGUCCCAGGGUUGAAAGGAGAUACCGGAGACAAGGGGGAAAAAGGUGCUCCAGGAAGACCUGGAAGAGUUGGCCCACCAGGCGACAAGGGUGAAUUGGGUGAAAAAGGACUUAAAGGAAGCAUGGGUCGACAUGGGAAGAUUGGCCCUAUUGGUUCUAAAGGUGAAAAGGGUGAUGUUGGCGAGAUGGGUCCCCCUGGACCGAAUGGAGAACCAGGAAUACCAUGUGAGUGUGGACAGCUGAGAAAGGCUGUUGGGGAAAUGGAUAUCCAAGUUGCACAGCUGACCACAGAACUAAAGUUUGUAAAAAAUGCACUGCCCUCCCCCGCAGUUGUUGCUGGUGUGCGUGAGACAGAUACUAAGAUCUACCUACUUGUGAAAGAAGAAAAGAAGUAUACUGAUGCCCAGUCUUACUGCCAUGGAAGAGGUGGAACUCUGAGCAUGCCCAAAGAUGAUGCAACCAAUAGUCUGAUUGCCUCGUACAUUAACCAAUCCGGUCUAACAAGGGUUUUCAUUGGUAUCAAUGAUUUGGAAAAAGAAGGCCAUUUUGUUUAUUCUGACCGAUCUCCAAUGCAGACCUUCAACAAAUGGCGUCAGGGAGAACCCAAUAAUGCUUAUGAUGAGGAGGACUGUGCAGAAAUGGUUGCUUCAGGAGGAUGGAAUGAUGUUUCUUGCCUUAUUACUAUGUAUUUUAUCUGUGAGUUUGAUAAAGAAAAUGUGUAAUUUGUUUUUGUAAGUCUGUAAUGAAAAAAAUCUACAAACACCAUUUUAUUAAUAUAUGUGUAAAAAAGCUGCUUAUGUUUUGUAUUGUACAUCUGUAAAUAUAUGGAAUACAUAUAGGUUUCUUCACUCUUUACAAAAAAAUGCCUACACUGUUUUUGAUGACUCGAAAAUGUUGGAUAUUGUAAUGUACACUCAUCACAGAACUAGUUCUCGGUUUAAACUUCAGUUCUCAAAGCAUGCUCAACAAACAUUUUAUAUAUCCAUGAAUAAUUAGGACUUUCUUUGAAAUCAACUCUGUUAAUAGAUGGUAAAUUUGAAUAUUUUUAUAUCUUCGGAUACAUUUACCUAUCUUUUUUGAAGUUACUUCUUUUAAGAGAUAGAAAGGUCAAGAUUGAAAUAUGCAUGCUUGUAUUUCAACUUUAAAUAGAAACAUUUUUGCAAUAUUAUUAUUGUUUUUCUGUGGCAUACACACAUAUGCUGUGAGGGCCCGUGCAACAGUAUUCAUGCUCAGAGUGCUUGAGGUGGUGUGUAUUGUGUCUGUGAAAACUUAAUUUGUGUCAUACAAGCAACUGCUGACUCUCUAAGAAGGUGUAGUGUUUGAAUACUUGUGCACAGGGCCCUCACAGCAUAUGUGCAUAUGCCACUGAAAAACAGUAAUAUGUUUAACUAGAAGCAGUUUUGCUAAUGUAGGUAUACUGCAAAAAUGCUUCUAUUGAAAAUUAAAAUGCACAUUUAAAUUUUGACCUUUCUUUAAAGAGAAUAUAAAGUUAAUGUAAUUUACCAACUGUAGAUGUCAAGGGUUACUUUAAACCAGUAGACCAACAAUACUGUUAAUUUCUGCCAAUCCCAGACACUUUUGUUUAAAUAAUUAUAAUAAUAUAAUAUUGCAUAUGAAAUAUUUAGUUACCACAAAAAAAAAUGCAGGACUAACUUGUGAUAAGAUUCCUGCUACCAGGUGCAACAUACAGUAUAUGGCAUAUAUUAAUCCCAACUGUGCCAACUUAAUUUAAAUUCUGUAUCUAGUAAAUAUAUUACAUAAAAAUACACUGAUCAUAAAUUUUCUCCACCAAAAUGCAUCUUAAAGUUAAUCAGGAUUACUUUCAAAAAAUGAGCCUUGUGAAUUUUUUUUAAAGAGUAUUAGAAGUGAAAAUUAAACAUCCAAGGUUCAGAUAGAGCAUGCAACUAAAAAAAUAAAUAAUCAAUUUUACAAAUUUCUCCCCACCUCCCUCCUGGCUAUUCUUUGAAUGUUUUGAAUCUUGAGCUUCCUCAAAAAUUCGGGGUUCCCCAAAUGUUUCAUUAGGAAGGGUAUGAUAUGGGAGAGGAGAUGGAUAAAUGGAACUAAACUCUUUAAACCUCUUACAAUACAUUAUAACCUUCACCUCUCAGAUCUUAUUCCUGGACUACCCUGCCAAAUUAAGGCAUGGAGUAAGGAAAUGGAAACUACUUUCACAGACCAAGACUGUGACAGAGCCAUUUCUUUAACAAAAAAGACAGUACAUUGUGUUAUUAUGCUAGAGAUAUACAUUAAGUUAUUACUAAAAUGGCACAGAACUCCCCUUAAACUGGCAAAGAUGUAUCCGACAAUUUCACUGUUGUGUUGGUGAGGGUGCGGAGAGGUCGGGUCAGACAUGCAUAUAUGGUGGAGUUGCCCAAAACUCACAUCACUAUGGGAAGACCUUGAGAGACUGUGUUCCUCUUUAGGUUUCACACUUACCUUGUCCCCCUCUAGUGUUCUACUACAUCUCAUAGAAAAUACCAUACCAGAUACGUCAAGGAGAUUAAUUAUCUGUAUUUUUACUGCUACUAAGCUAUGCAUAGGUCGGGCAUGGAAAAAAACCUGGUCCUCCGUGUCUUGUUGAAAUAAGUGCAGUGGUCGAUUUCAUGGCCAAGAUGGAAAAACAUUUCUUUAACUCAAUUGACCAAAUGGAGAAAUACUGGUCUGUUUGGGAUACCUGGCUACCCAGAUGACUUCGCUUCGAUUUAUUUAAUCCCCUACGGCCUACACCAUUACAACCAGAGACAAUAAAGUCUGGUUUUUAGUUCUUUAUUGCGCCUCCCCCCCCCCCUUUUUUUUCUUAUUCCUCUUCUCCUCCCUCUCACACCUUUUCUUCAUAAUUUUGACCUUCCCCUUCCUGACCCUGCCUAUGUGAAUAGAUCCUUAUCUAAUAAUAUCAUGGAUUCCGUCUGAUAAUAACACAUUAUUGCUACAAAAAUUCCAUAACAGUUGGAAAAUAAAGUCUAUUAUUUAACUGUUUCUGUAAUAACAUCUCACAUAUGACCGAUCACCUUGAACACAUUUGGACUAUACCGAGAUUGACAACUGAAACCCGUAUGUUUUUAAAAGGAUAAAUAUAUGUAACCAUGUAGAAGUUGAUAAUAUUAUGCGUUGUAUUAUUGUUAUAUUCUUGAAAAAUCAAUAAAAAUAUAUUUCUCAUGGUCUCCUUGGUGGAAACUCAAAGGGACAUGAAACGCACAAUUUUUCUUUCAUUAUAUAGAGUGUAUAAUAAAUAAAAAAACACUAUACAAUUUACUUUGUUUUCUUGGUAUCUUUCAUUAAAUAGUAGGUAGGUAGACUCAGGUGCAUGCGCAUUUGUCUGGUGCCCUAUAUGGUAGCAGUUGUGCAAGAAUGUUUUUAACAAUGUUAUACAUUGUGCAAACACUGCUGCCAUCUAGUGCUCAAAAGCAUUCUUGCAAAACUGCUACCACAAUAGCUACGCUCUUCAACAAAGAAUUCCAUGAGAAUGAAGUAAGUAUGACAAUAGAAGUAAAUUGGAUGCUCUAUCUAAAUCAUGAAAGAAUAAAUGUGUGUGUUCAUGUCCCUUUAGCUCCUUUUCAUGAGUGCAUAUUGUUGUAGGCUCACAAGUUUGCUCUGUCUCAGUGAUGGAUAACCUUAGCAGCCCCGAUGUUUCAGAACUACAUGUCCAAUGAUGCUCAACCAGACUGCAGAGUGCCUAAGCAUCAGGGGAAAUGUAUUUUUUAAAACAUCUGGGAUGCUAAGGUUAUCCGUCACUGUAUAACAUCCUGCCACAUAGUCCUCAAGGGGGCAAGUUUCAACAAAGGCUACCAAAAGAAUAAGGUAAAAUAGUACACUAUCUGAAUAGAGCAAGUUUAAUUUUGACUUCUAUUUCCCUAUAAAAUAAAAUAUUUUUUUAACCUUGAA